AUGUUACGCUGGGAUUUCAAUCAUUUGCAGCAAAUCUGGGACAUUGAAUUUGAUGGUAGCAUGUUGUUUCUCCCAGCCCGCGGGCGCAUGCUCUUGUCCAGCUUUUGCCACGACUUCUCGCGCUCGAAGACUUCGUCAUUGAAGUCUAGUGGUCUAGCAAACCGGACAGAGGGUAGUUUCCAGGUCAGUAAUCUGAGUAUGGAGGUUGUUGAAAAAUACUUUGGAAUCCCAAAGACACCGGUGCCAACGAGCAUCCCAUCCUGGGAAAUUCCAGUUCCCGCAACGCUAGCGACCCAGACAUCGACAUAA